AUGUCUGUCCUCCGCCGCGCCGCCACCGUCGCCGCCAAGCAGCAGCCCUACGCCGGCACGUGGGUGCGCGCCAUGAGCAGCCUCCCGAGCCUCGAGCAGGUGGGCCUCAAGACGACGGGCCAGGUCUUCCGCAACUUGAGCUACGCCGAGAUCGCCGAGCACGAGCUCAAGAACGGCGAGGGCGUCUUUGUCAAGAACGGCACGUUCAAGGUCGACACGGGCAAGUUCACCGGUCGCUCGCCCAAGGACAAGUACUUUCCGAUGAAGCCCGAGGUGUUUGACGAGCUCCACGAGGUCGUCAAGAACCACUACAACGCUGCCGAGAAGGUCUACGUCUUUGACGGCUACUGCGGCGCCAACCCGAACUCGCGCAAGCGCGUCCGCAUCAUCACGGAGCUCGCGUGGCAGCACCACUUCGUCACCAACAUGUUUAUCCGCGCGACGACCAAGGAAGAAGUCGAGAACUUUGAGCCGGACUUUACGAUCAUCAACGCGUGCAAGGUGACCGACACCGAGUACAAGAAGCACGGCCUCAACUCGGAAGUCUUUGUCGGCUUCAACAUUGAGAAGAACGUGGCCAUCAUUGGUGGCACGUGGUACGGUGGCGAGAUGAAGAAGGGCAUCUUCUCGAUGAUGAACUACUGGCUCCCGCUCGAGAAGAUCAUGGCCAUGCACUGCUCGGCCAACAAGGGCAAGAACGGCGACACCGCGCUCUUCUUUGGUCUCUCGGGCACGGGCAAGACGACCUUGUCGGCCGACCCGCACCGCUACCUCAUCGGCGACGACGAGCACGGCUGGGACGACGAAGGCAUCUUCAACUUUGAGGGCGGCUGCUACGCCAAGACGAUCAACCUCAGCGAGGAGAACGAGCCGGAUAUCUACCGCGCCAUCAAGCGCGAUGCGAUGCUUGAGAACGUCUGGAUCACCGAGAACAACGAGCCCGACUACUACAACACGUCCAAGACGGAGAACGGUCGCGUCUCGUACCCGAUCCACCACAUUGACAACCACGAGCCGACGUCGAGCGGUGGCCACCCCAACAACAUCAUCUUCCUCACGUGCGACGCCUACGGUGUCCUUCCCCCCGUCUCGAAGCUCACGCCGGGCCAGGCCCAGUACCACUUCCUCUCGGGCUACACGGCCAAGGUUGCCGGUACCGAGCGUGGUGUGACGGAGCCCACGGCGACGUUCUCGGCCUGCUUCGGCGCCGCGUUCCUCCCGCUCCACCCGACCAAGUACGCCGAUCUUCUCCAGGAGAAGAUCCAGACGCACAAGUCGGAUGUGUACCUCGUCAACACGGGCUGGACCGCCGGUGGCUACGGCGUCGGCAAGCGCAUGUCGAUCAAGGACACGCGCGCCUGCAUUGACGCGAUCCUCGACGGCUCGAUCAAGAAGUCGGAGUUCACGACGGACCCGAUCUUUGGCCUCGCGACGCCCAAGACGCUCGGCGCCAUCUCGCCCUCGAUCCUCAACCCGCGUGACGCGUGGGCGGACAAGGCCGCGUACGACGCGACCGCCAACAAGCUCGCUGGCAUGUUCAAGGCCAACUUCCAGAAGUACAUCUCGAAGGACCACACCGACUACUCCAAGUUUGGCCCGCUCGUCUAA